CGUCGCGAGGCGGCAGCAUCAUCCGAGCGGGCCUAGACGACGAGCGGCGUCAGGGAGCGACGCAAUGGCCGCCUAGGAUGGUUGGAGGCGGAGGCGGCUGUUUUCUGGGCGAGGAGGAGAAGGAGAAAGACAGAAGGGAGCCUUUUCGCCGCCAGGAUGCGUGAAGGGCUGAGGCGGCUUCAGCUGCUCAGGUGGCGGCAGCGGCGGCGGCAGCAGCAGCAGCGACCGGGAUAACUUAUAACAGAAGUCAAAAACCCUGUGUGUUGCUACAUGUUUACUCUUGCCUUGGUUGAUGACUUGAAACGCUACUAAAAUGCACCAGAAACUCUUGAAAAGCGCUCAUUACAUUGAGCUGGGAAGUUAUCAGUAUUGGCCUGUCCUCGUUCCUCGGGGAAUUCGUUUAUACACCUAUGAACAGAUUCCUGUGUUCCUUAAGGAUAAUCCCUACAUCACUGAUGGCUACAGAGCAUAUCUGCCUUCUAGGCUGUGUUUAAAAAGUCUGUUCGUGUUGUCCAAUGAGACAAUCAAUAUCUGGAGUCAUUUACUGGGCUUCUUUCUCUUCUUCACUUUGGGCAUAUAUGACAUGACUUCUGUGUUGCCUUCUGCGAAAGCUUCUAGAGAGGAUUUUGUUAUUUGUUCUAUUUGUCUUUUUUGCUUUCAGGUCUGUAUGCUUUGCUCGGUAGGGUAUCACCUCUUCUGCUGUCAUCGCUCGGAAAAGACCAGUCGAAGAUGGAUGGCACUGGAUUAUGCAGGAAUUUCGAUUGGGAUCCUGGGCUGUUAUGUGUCAGGCGUUUUUUAUGCAUUUUACUGUAGUAAUUACUGGCGUCAAGUGUACUUGAUCACCGUGCUUGCUAUGAUCUUGGCAGUAUUCUUUGCUCAGAUUCACCCCAGUUACCUCACCCAGCAAUGGCAUCGACUGCGCUCGGCCAUCUUCUGCUCUGUGUCAGGCUACGGAAUUAUUCCCACCAUCCACUGGAUUUGGCUCAAUGGAGGUGUCACGGCAUCUAUUGUACAGGAAUUCGCUCCCCGAGUGAUUGUGAUGUACUUAAUAGCCGUCAUAGCAUUUCUCUUCUACAUUUCCAAAGUCCCAGAAAGAUAUUUUCCAGGACAGUUAAACUACCUCGGCUCCAGCCACCAACUCUGGCACAUUCUUGCUGUGGUGAUGUUGUAUUGGUGGCACCAAUCUACCAUGUACAUCAUGCAGUACAGGCACAGCAAGCCUUGCCUGGAUUAGAACAAUGCAUCCAAGGGCAUCAAGAAUUUCAUCUUUGUACCGAAGUUUGGACAUUGAAUAUCUGCAUUUCAGGCUGAUUUCUGGAGCAACAGCCACAGUUCAUGUUGAAUCCUCUUUCUUUUAGGAAUAAUAUGUUAAUAGGCACUCCUGAUAAUCAUUUUUUUUUUAAAUUUUUUAUUUUUCCAAACUCUCCCCCAUACAUAUACCGUGAUAUUUAUCAGAUGUUUGGCACUCCUGAUAUCAUUGAUCUCCAUCAACUAACUAUUUGUCCACUUUGGAUGUUGAAAGAAUUGCAGAUAACUUGGUCAUAUAAACAACUUUUCUUUGAACUACUGAUAUAUAAAUUAUAAUAAAACUUGGAUGUGGCGACUGUUUAUGCUAUCAACAAGAAAAAUUCUCUGAAAUGCAUGCAUACGAAGUUCUUGUGACAUUUGCAUGCUGGGAUCUCACUUGAAAAAUCCAUGUUAACUGUAUCUUUUUAAUGUGAUCUGUGUUGUUGCGCUGACGUUUCAUUUGAAAACAAAAUUCAAAUAUAAUACAGAUUUUUAUUGGAGUUCCUUUUCCUUUCAAUAAAAGAAUCUCCAUAGAUUAUUGCAAGGUAACUUUAUCUUCAAACCAAGAGUUGGACCCAUCAAGUCAAUUUAGAGUUAAAUUGUUUCUCAACUUGGGAACUUGUAGUCCAUGGGUCAAACGUGUGACAAGGGUCAAAAGAUUUUAGACUUGGCUACAAAUUAUUGCAAGUAAGGCUGUCCACAAAUUUGAUCUGCUUGCUACUACUUGGAUAAGUGAAAUUCUUCUGAGCCGUUCUUCAGGAUAGUACCUGCUUAGUGCCAAACACAAAGUGUUUGCUUGGGCCUUGACAGCAGUUCCUGCUGCCCUGGAAAUUUUGAAGAAAGAGGUAAAUUCAGUCAAUGCAGAAAAAAUUAAUAUCUGCUAGCAGUGUGGCCAUCCCAGGUUUUGAGAUUCCAGCAGCCAUGUCUUCAGACUCUAGUGCCAAAAAGGGAUUUGCAGAGAAGAAUGAGGAGGCAUUAUGCUGCUCUCAAGUUUUUGGGACACUUUCAGAAAGCUAAAUGCAACAAACAGCAAUACCAGAUGGCCACAAGUCCAUAACUGCCCUAGGACUAUCAGCAAAAUUGAUACGUGCCAAGAUCUGCUGCAGAAGAUGCAAGCAUGGCUAUAAGAAAUCACCAGAUACCUUUGGAAGAAACAAGGCCAAUUUAUGGUUUAUCGUGAAUGCAACCAACUCUUCUAACGGAUUCCUCUCCAUCUUUCUCCAUCUCCUAUGCCUUCCAUUUGUUUCAUGCUUUAUUGUUGUUUUUUGCCUGAAACUAAAAUGAAAGCUACAGCUUUAUUUCAGAUUUAUGCCUCUAGCCUAGGACAGCCGUUAGAGAAAUCUGUAGGAAUCUUAACUGUACAAUCACAGUUAAUUGCAGGUGUCGUGGCAUGUCAUCACAGCUUUUGUUUUACUUCCAUCAUCUUUUAACAUUUUUAACUGUACGAGAAAGUCAUUAAAAUUGUUUGCACUCGAUCUAUAAAGGCAAUUUUAUCAGGUUGCACUGUAGGUAUUGUGUAAAUAGCGCUUCAAUAAAUGGUUUGACAGAA